AUGCCGGAGAUAAUUGUGAUGGGGGAAUGCGGGAAAUGUUUCAAUAAGGAAAUCGAUUUUUUUAAACACCAGAGAACCCACACAGGUGAGGAUCCUUAUUCGUGUUCGGAGUGUGGGAAAGGUUUUACUAAAAAACAAAAUCUACUUCUACACCAGAGAAAUCACAAAGGAGAUCACCUUUUUUCAUGUUCAGAGUGCGGGAAAAGUUUCAGUGUUAAAAAUAGACUUCUAAAACACCAGAAGACUCAUACGGGUGAUCGCCCCUUUUCUUGUUCAGAGUGCGGGAAAUCGUUUAUUAGUAAAGGAGAUCUUACUACGCACCAGAGAAUUCACACGGGUGAGCGUCCUUAUUCAUGUUCAGAAUGUGGGAAAUCAUUCACUCAAAAAGGACACCUUGUUAAUCACCAGAAAAGUCACAAGGGUGAUUGUUCAUAUUCAUGUUCAGAGUGCGGGAAAAGUUUCACUGACAAAGGAUUACUCCUGUCACACCAAACAAUUCACACGUGUGAGCGUCCUUAUUCCAGUUCAGAAUGCCGACAAAGCAUCAUUGAUGAAAGUACACUUCUAACACACCAGAAGACUCAUACGGGUGAGCGUCCCUUUUCCUGUUCAGAGUGCGGGAAAUCAUUUUUGAAGAAAGGAGCUCUUACUACACACCAGAAAAUUCACACAGGUGAACGUCCUUAUUCAUGUUCAGAAUGCGGAAAAUCAUUCACGCGAAAAGAAUAUCUUGUUAAUCACCAGAGAUGUCACACGGGUGAGCGUCCUUAUUCAUGUUCAGAGUGUGGGAAAAGUUUCACCCAAAAAAGAUUACUCCUGUCACACCAGAGAAUUCACACUGGCGAGCGUCCCUAUUCAUGUUCAGAGUGCGGAAAAAGAUUCACUUGGAAAGGAGCACUAAUUGAACACCAGAGCAUUCACGUAGACAAGGGUUCUUUCCCUUGUUCAGAGUGUGGCAAAUGUUUCACUAGCAAAAAAAGACUUUUUGUACACCACAAAAGUCACACGCGUGAGCGUCCUUUUUCUUGUUCAGAAUGCGGGAAAAGUUUUACUCGGAGUAAUGCACUUACUGUGCACCGGAGAAUUCAUACUGGUAUGCGCCCUUUCUCAUGCUCGGAGUGUGGGAAAUGUUUUGCACAGAAAUCAACUCUUGUUCUGCACCAGAGAAUUCACACGGGCGAGCGUCCUUUUUCAUGUUCGGAGUGCGGGAAAAGUUUUACUCAGAAGAAAGCACUUACUGAACACCAGAGUAUCCACACGGGUGAGCGUCCUUAUUCAUGUUCAGAGUGUGGGAAGUGCUUCUCUAUAAAAGAAAGACUUGUUAAACACCAGAGGAUUCACACAGGUGAUCGUCCUUAUUCAUGUUCAGAGUGCGGGAAAUGUUUUGCUGAGAAAAGAUUACUCCUGCAACACCAAACAAUUCACACGGGUGACCGGCCUUAUUCAUGCUCAGAGUGCGGAAAAGGUUUCAUUGAUAAAAGCAAACUUCUAACACACCAGAGGAUUCAUACGGGUGAGCGUCCCUUUUCCUGUCCAGAGUGCCGGAAAUCGUUUAUUCAGCAAAGAGCUCUUAAUAGACACCAGAAAAUCCACACGGGUGAACGUCCUUAUUCAUGUUCAGAGUGUGAGAAAUCAUUUAUUCAAAAAGGAGACCUUGUUGAACACCAGAAAAUUCACACGGGUGAACGUCCUUAUUCUUGUUCAGAGUGUGCGAAAAGUUUCACUCAGAGAAGAUUACUCCUUUAUCACCAAAAAAUCCACAUGAAUGAGCUUCCUUAUGCAUGUUCAGAGUGCGGGAAAAGUUUCAGAAAGGAAAGAUUACUGCUUUUACACCAAAGAAUUCAUACAGAUGACCGCCCUCAUUCAUGUUCAGAGUGUGGGAAACGUUUCACUGAGAAAAGAUUUCUCGUGUCACACCAGAAAGUUCACACUGGUGAGCGUCCCUAUUCAUGUUCGGAGUGCGGAAAAAGUUUCAUUAGGAAAGGUGGACUUACUGAACACCAGAGCAUUCACGUCCAUGAGGGUUCUUUCCCUUGUGCAGAGUGCGGAAAAUGUUUCAUUAACAAAAGAAAACUUUUUGCACACCAAAUAAUUCACACAGAGUAG